AUGGCUCGGCCCAGAGACUCGCGCUCACCAUCUCCUGCAGGAAGUCAUGCUGCGCGAAGGCGGAAAGAUGAUGAUCGCCGUGACCGCGACCACCGCCGACGGUCUCGCAGCCCGGAUCGCCGAUACCGCGACCGCGAACGUGACCAUGGCCGCGACAACCGGGAUCGCGAUUCAUAUCGCCGCAGAGACCGGUCCGUAGACCGCCGAGACGAUGACUAUUACCGAGGCGGCCGCCGUGAUGGAGGAAGCAAUCGAGACCGUCGUUGGUCACGCGAUCGAGGCCUGGACAGAGCGCGAUCGCCGGAUCGCCGGGGCCAAAGGGGCGGAGAUGGUAACCGGGACUACCGUGGUAGGCGGGACGACUCCCGGGACCGCCGCAACCGUCGCGACGGCUCUACGGAUUCCGCUGCCCGCCGCGGUGACGCCGCACGCGCUCGGCCUCCCAAAUCGGAUGGCGUCGCGCGCAAAGACAGCGAGGAGCCGCAGCCAGCUAAGUCCACACCGACUCAGGCCCAGACAGAGGUGGAUAAGAAGGCUGAACGACUUCGCAAACUCCAAGCGAUGAAGGAAAAACAUGCCCAAAAAGAAGCGAAAGAAGCCGCCGUCACGGCCGGGAGUACUAGGAUGCUCUUGGCCGAGAUGGACCAAAAGGCUAGCGGUACACCAGGCCCGAACAGCCCGGUGGCUGGCGCCAUGAGUCCCGCCCCGGCGUCCCCUGCACCUCCGAUGCCCUAUGCCGGCAAGUUCGACCCUAAAGCUAUUGCGAAGAGUUCCAAAGCAGCACGGCCUCAAUCGCCAACGAGACUUGGUGACGUGAAGCUGGCCGCGCCCGGGCCGAAGCCGCUAGGUAUCAAGAAGGAGACAAACUUUAAGGGUGCCGGCUUGCUACCGGCGAAUAGGGCGGUCAGUGCGUUCGGAUUCAACAAAUCUGCUGACAGCCAGAAAUCGUCGGCGAAGCGCAAGAUCGACAUGGACGAUGAGGAGGUCAUCAAGCGCAAGCUGGUUAAACUUCCCGACUUUGUCCCGGAGAAUGCAGACAGCACGCCAGAUGUGGAGGGCGAAGGGGAGGAAGAUGCCGAAGACUUGGACCUCCUCAUGGCCCGGAACGAGGAAGAUAUGGCAGAAGCUCACCGGGUCCUCCAAGAGCGACGUGACGAGCGCAUUCAAAAGGAGGAGAUGGCCAUGGAUGUCGACACGGAGGCGCCCAACGGGGAGACCAAGGAAGAAACCAAGGAGGAAGCGAUGCCACCAGCCCCUACUAUGGAUGUUGAUGAAGACGUUGACCCUUUGGAUGCAUUCAUGGCUGACCUUGAGCAAACUGGCUCUGCAGGGGGCAUCGGCUCGGCGCCCGCCCGACAGGAGCAGAACGCCGGGAAGGGGUUCGAACCAGAAGCGUAUUUCAGCGAAGACGAUUACGGCUACGAAGAAGACAAGGCCGACCCGUCCGCGAUACUUGCCAUGGCGAGCAAAAAGAAGAAGAAGGAUAUCCCGACGAUAGACUACAGCAAGAUCGACCUGAACCGGAUACGAAAGAACUUCUGGGUUGAGCCUCAGGAGCUCAGUCAGAUGACCGAGGAAGAGGCAGCCGACCUGCGUUUGGAAUUGGACGGCAUCAAAGUUUCUGGCAAGAACGUGCCCAAACCGGUCCAGAAGUGGUCGCAGUGUGGCCUCACUCGGCCGAUCCUGGACGUCGUUGAAGGGCUUGGCUACGAGAAGCCAACUUCGAUUCAGAUGCAGGCAUUGCCCGUGAUCAUGUCGGGCCGCGAUGUCAUCGGUGUCGCAAAGACCGGUUCCGGCAAGACGAUGGCCUUCGUUCUUCCCAUGCUCCGCCACAUCAAGGACCAAGAUCCGGUGAGCGGCGAUGACGGCGCCAUUGCUCUGAUCAUGACUCCUACCAGAGAGCUGUGCACGCAGAUCUACUCAGACCUGCUCCCCUUUGCUAAGGCGCUGAAGCUUCGCGCCAUCGCUGCUUAUGGUGGGAAUGCCAUUAAGGACCAAAUUGCCGAGCUGAAGCGCGGUGCAGAAAUUAUCGUCGCCACGCCGGGACGCAUGAUUGACCUUCUCGCCGCGAACUCGGGUCGCGUCACCAACCUCAAGCGUGCGACGUAUCUCGUACUGGACGAGGCUGACCGCAUGUUCGACAUGGGUUUUGAGCCACAGGUGAUGAAAAUCUUCAACAACGUCCGUCCGGACCGACAGACAAUCCUCUUCUCCGCGACAAUGCCGAGGAUCAUCGAUGCGCUUACCAAAAAGGUACUUCGCGAGCCGGUCGAGAUACAGGUCGGCGGUCGUAGCGUCGUAGCUGCUGAGAUCACUCAAGCUGUCGAGAUCUUGGACGAGAGCAAGAAGUUUGUCCGCCUGCUCGAGCUCCUGGGUGAGCUCUAUGCUGAUGACGACGAUGUCCGCGCCCUGAUUUUCGUCGAGCGGCAAGAGAAGGCCGAUGACCUGUUGCGCGAGGUCCUGCGGCGCGGGUACGGCUGCAUGUCGAUACAUGGCGGCAAGGACCAGGAAGACCGUAACUCGACCAUUUCGGACUUCAAGAAGGGCGUCUGCCCCAUCAUGAUCGCGACGUCAGUGGCAGCGCGCGGUCUGGACGUCAAGCAGCUCAAGUUGGUCGUGAACUACGAUGCGCCAAACCAUCUCGAGGACUACGUCCACCGCGCAGGCCGCACCGGGCGCGCGGGCAACACGGGCACGGCCGUCACGUUCAUCACGGAGGAGCAGGAGAACUGUGCGCCCGGUAUCGCGAAAGCGCUCGAACAGAGCGGGCAGCCUGUCCCCGAGCAGCUGAACGACAUGCGCAAGGCGUGGAAGGAGAAGGUCAAGGCCGGAAAGGCCAAGGAUGCCAGUGGCUUCGGCGGCAAGGGCUUGGAAAGGCUUGACAAGGAACGCGAGGCGGCGCGCGUCCGUGAGCGCAAGACGCACAAGGCCGAGGGCGAGGAGGACGACUUCAAGGAGGAAGAGACGGCGGAGGACGCGGCCAAGAAGGACAAGGCCAAGUCGGCCAUCGAGGCAGCCGCGUCGGCCAUCGUCUCCCGCGAGUCGGCGAAGACGGAGACUGGCGAGGCCAAGCCGUCACCUGCCGUGGCCGAGGGCGCGGUCAAGGGAGGGGUCACGGUCAACGCCGGGAAAGGCGGGGCACUCGACAAGGCGGCCUCGGCCAUCAGCGAGAUCAACGCUCGCCUCGCGCGGGCCGGCCAGCUGCGUCCCGGCCAGCCGAUCGACAACAAGGGUCCCGACGCGGGCGCGUUCCACGCGACGCUCGAGAUCAACGACUUCCCGCAGAAGGCGCGCUGGGCGGUCACCAACCGCACCAACGUGGCCAAGAUCCUCGAGGCCACGUCCACGUCGAUCACGACCAAGGGCAACUACUACGCGCCCGGCAAGGAGCCGCCCGCGGGAUCCGAUCCCAAGCUGUACAUCCUCAUCGAGGGCGACACGGAGCUGGCGGUCGGCAAGGCGCUCUCGGAGCUCACGCGUCUGCUCAGGGAAGGGACGAUCGCUGCGGCGGAUGCCGAGAGUCGGGCGCCGGCGAGCGGGCGGUACACCAUUACGUGA